ACACAGCGGUAUUAUUCUGAUGUCGUCUGUCAGAUCUGUGUGUCUGCUGUGAAGACUGACUGACUGACUGAACCACGUUUUUGUUCCAGCACAGAACACACACACACACACACACACACACUCUCAGCAGCAGCGCGUGACGGAGGGCAACUCUGCUAACUGCAGUUAUUGUGUGGUUUUCUCUAAUUCUGCUGCUGUAUAUGCAGUGCAGCUCCGGCCUGCGCCGCUCCUCCAGCAGCGGCUGUUGUUCAUGAGCGGAGCGGAGGCAGAGCCGGCUCUGUGCCAGCUUCAUUUCCUGCUGGAGACGCUAGUUAGUGCUGCUAGUGAAGCGCAGUGACUAGCGUUAGCAUUAGCGUUAGCCGCAAGCUCCAGGCUCCUCGCGGGAAUGCCGUCCUCCAGCUAGGCGCUCAUCCUUCACUCACACCCGCGGAGAAACACCGAACAUCAUGAACUUACUGCCGUCAAAUCCACACGGUAACGGAUUACUGUAUGCCGGAUUUAACCAGGAUCACGGGUGUUUUGCGUGUGGGAUGGAGAAUGGAUUCAGGGUUUACAACACAGACCCUCUUAAAGAGAAGGAGAAACAAGAGUUCCUGGAAGGAGGAGUCGGACACGUGGAGAUGCUCUUCAGAUGUAACUAUCUGGCUCUGGUCGGAGGUGGGAAGAAGCCCAAAUAUCCCCCCAAUAAAGUGAUGAUCUGGGAUGACCUGAAAAAGAAGACGGUGAUCGAGAUCGAGUUCUCCACCGAGGUCAAAGCGGUGAAGCUGCGGCGUGACAGGAUUGUGGUGGUUCUGGACUCCAUGAUUAAAGUCUUCACGUUUACCCAUAAUCCCCAUCAGCUGCAUGUCUUCGAGACCUGUUACAACCCUAAAGGGUUGUGUGUUUUGUGUCCAAACAGCAACAACUCUCUGCUGGCGUUCCCGGCCACACACUCGGGUCAUGUGCAGAUCGUGGAUCUGGCGAACACGGAGAAACCGCCAGUGGACAUUCCUGCACACGAGGGGGCGCUGUGCUGCAUCACACUCAACCUGCAGGGCACACGCAUCGCCACUGCGUCAGAGAAGGGAACACUCAUCAGGAUAUUUGACACGUCUGCGGGUCAGCUGAUCCAGGAGCUCAGAAGAGGAUCCCAGACCGCCAACAUCUACUGCAUCAACUUUAACCAGGACGCGUCUCUGAUCUGCGUGUCCAGUGAUCACGGCACCGUCCACAUAUUCGCUGCGGAGGAUCCCAAAAGGAACAAGCAGUCCAGCCUCGCCUCCGCCAGCUUCCUGCCCAAGUAUUUCAGCUCCAAGUGGAGUUUCUCCAAGUUCCAGGUGCCGUCGGGCUCUCCGUGUGUGUGUGCCUUCGGGACGGAGCCCAACGCCGUCAUAGCCAUCUGUGCCGACGGCAGCUACUACAAGUUUCUGUUCAACCCGAAGGGCGAGUGUUCGCGGGACGUUUACGCUCAGUUCCUGGAGAUGACGGACGAGAAGAUCUGAGCACAGAACACACACACACACACACUCAGAACUCUCGCACGCAGAGUGGAGACUGCAGACUCUGGAUGAACACUAGUUUGAGGAGGACAGCACUCCGACACGGCCCGCGCCACCACAGCUGAGGACGACUGAGCUGAUAAUCUGCACUAAUGAAGCUCACACAUCUCAGACUGCAGUGUGUGUGCGUGUGUGUGUGUGUGUGUGUGUGUGUGUGUGAGAACAGGUCCAUCCUGAACUGUGUGUGUGUCAGCAGCUGUUAGAUUAGCUGUAAGAGCAGCACACCAGACUACAGUACACACAGAUCAGCACACACAUCUGUACUGUUCAUGUGGUGUGUGUUGACUUGAAGAGAAUUGAGUGUGUGUGUGUGUGUGUGUGAGAGAGAGAGAGAGAGAGAGAGAGAGAGAGACUCACUGCAGAAAUCAGCCAAAUGAAUGAAGGAUCCACAUUUACACUCCUGUUUUCACCCCAGCAGCGGUGUGUGUGUGUGAGAGAGUGAAGCGGACAGCUGUGUGUGAGUGUGUGUGUGUGUGUGUGUGUGUGUGUGUGUGCGGGCUGCUUUUACUGUGUCUCCUCUCCUGUGUGUCCUCCUCCGGCUGCUGGUGUCAUCUUCACUCAUUAAAGCAGAUUGUUCUGA